AGAAAGUAAAUCUGAUUUCAGAGAAAGAGCCAGAGGAGUACCGCAAGGUGAAUAAGAGAGAAACUAAUAGGAGCAUCAAAUCCAUAGCUGUGACAUCGGAAUCCAGGACAUACUAAUUCAAGAUGACCAAUGUAUUACUCUGGAUGAUUUCUGUUACCGCAAUUGCUACUGCUUCUGGUCUCACCAUUGACGUAGACGGUCCAAUCAGUGGUCCGUGUUCUCUAUGUCCAGAAGGAGCUCCCGGUCCCCGUGGACCACCUGGAGACAUUGGCCUGCCGGGAAGAGACGGUCGUGAUGGGAGGGACGCUUCGUGCAAUGGCCAACAAUCAGGAAUGCCGAGUCCUGUAGAUCAAACGAACGAUGGUAGCAGUGAAAACACGAGUGGUGGUAAUACAGUAAUCAAUGUCAAUAGUAGUGGAGCUGUGUAUAUAAGAUGGGGUAGAGAUGUUUGUGUUGAUGGAUCAGAACUGGUUUAUGCUGGUACUGCAGCAGGAGCUCGCUACACACAUACAGGAAGUGGUUCCAACUAUCUAUGCAUGCCACCUGAACCUAUUUAUGAUGAGCAUCAGUCUGGUGGAAGUCGUGGUCUGCUGUACUCUGCCGAAUAUGAGACCAGCAACGCCAUCGGUCGUCUACAUGGUCUCCACGACCACACACCAAAAUGUGCAGUCUGCAGGGCGCCCUCAGGACGAUCUACCAAAUUGAUGAUCCCUGCGCGGAACGAGUGCCCUUCUGACGAGUGGCGCCUGGAGUAUAGUGGUUACCUCAUGUCAGCCAGUCAUGUCCACAAACGUACUGAGUUCGUUUGUGUCGAUCAUGACAUGGAAGCAGUGCCUGGUACAGCUGGAGACGAAAAUGGGGCUCUCUUCUACAUGGUAACAGCUACAUGUGUGGCCGGAAGUGGGCUUCCUUGUGGACCCUAUAUUGACGGUCAGGAACUCACUUGCGCUUUGUGUACGAUUUAGAAUUUGUUAAGAUCGAGUGAUAUAGUGCGUACGUUGAAUUAUAUCCGUGUAGUGUAGCUCAUCUAUUGAAACAUGCAGUUGACAUAAGGAAUUCCCGAUGGAAUAUGUCAAAUUCGAAGUAGCUAGUACUUAUAUAUAGUUGCACCCACUGUUUUUUUUUUCAGUGUGCCAUUGACAGAUAAUUUUCAGAAACCUUGACGUUUUGGGGUUUUAGGUUUGUUAACCUGUACACAGCGAGGGAGGAUAGUGCCCACCCACCAAAAAACCGCAACACCCCUUACUUUCUUUAGUGUUCUCAAUGGCAAAUUCUAUGUUUUAGCUAGUACAUAAAGAAAACAUCCUCAGGCUUGGCCCCUUUUUUUGCCUCGCAUUAUUUUUUCUAAUUUCAUAAUUAUCAUUAGCUCACAUAAUGCUUGCCUCAAAAGAAAAUUCUUGCAUACGGUUAUGUAACUAUCAUUAACAAAGAUGAUUACAGAUUGAGCUAUAGGAACCAUUAUUCAGUGACACGACAUUUACUCCUGUGACAUUUGUUCCGGUCUUAUAAUAUCUCAGAGGGAGUUAGGAUUGUAAUAGAGGUUUUGGUUCAGAAUAAUGUAAAGAUAAUAUCUCGGUCACAUUUGCUCUACUGGCGGCCGUACGGUAAGUCGAAAACAGCUGUAACAUUUUUGUACCAGCUCCAUAUUGGUAGUUUCAAUAAAAAUUGAGUAAAACUGCUGUUUUUUUUACUCGCCGUACGGCCGCCGUAGAGCAAAUGUGACCGAGUUAUAAGGCUUAGGGUAGUAGGUUUUAUGUUUGGCAUAACGUGCAGAUUUUCCAUCGGACGAAUUGUCUUACAACCCUCUAUUCAAUGGUGAACAGAAAGUUGACAGUCUAGAAGUUACUCAAAGAGUCAGACAAUGUCCGGUCAACAUUAUAGUUACGUAAUAAUAUUGGUUGAAUUGUAUCCAUGCAUCUACAACUCCUUGAGUGGUGACGGUAGUAGAUAUAAUUAUGACGAUCUGGGGAUUGUUGCAUCAAAGUUGUCAGCACCGACAGGUCAUCGAGAAGCAGUUACCAGAGUAAUCGAUGGUAACCAUCAGACACUUGUGCUUCGCAGCCAAUAAAAAACAUGGAAAGUUUCGUUAGAAAAGAAAGAAAAUAAUAGUUGGCCUAACGAGUUGGCGGUAAUUGUCAAAUAUGACUGGUCGCCAUUAAUUUCCAACAAACAACAACAACAGUUAUCAGACGACAGAUAUUGAUGAAAGCCCCAGGUCUUCAAUGUCUUCAUGAUGUAAUCUCAGCAAUAUAAACACCUUUCUUUGAAUAUUUUUCUGGUAAAAAAUUCUUCAGAACGAUUGAAAACAUGUUUUAUAUUCUUUAUAAAUCUCAUAAUGGUUUAUUGAAAAAGACAAUGCCAGAAAAAAGGUGUAUACUUUUAUUUCCAUGUUAUUCAGCCUGUUCAAAGUUUUCAAUUACAAAGAUUUCUGUUCAAAGGUUGUGUCUUGCGUUUGUUCGGUGAAUUAUGUUGCGUGAACUAUUAUGGAGCUGUCACGUGAUGAUUGUUAUUGAUGUUGCCGAUAAUUUAAAUGGGAAAGUUC